AUGAGGCAACCAGAAGAGUUUGCAAAGGAGGGAAAGGAGCAUAUGGUUUGCAAACUUGACAAGGCAAUUUAUGGUUUUGAAGAGAACAUAGCCGAUCAAUGCAUUUAUCUAAAGACAUGUGGGAGCCGAUUUAUUUUUCUAGUGUUGCAAGUCGGCGAUAUACUUUUGGCUAUAAAUGAUCACAAUUUACUGAAAGACACUAAGGAGCUACUUUCAAACAAUUUUGAGAUUAAGGAUUUGGGAGAAGUCGUUUUUGUGUUAGGCAUUGAAAUUCAGAGAGGGCGAGCUCAAGGCCUCCUAAGCAUGUCGCAGAAAACAUACAUUGAAAGGAUACUCAAGCGUUUUGACAUGAGUAUGUGUUUUGGACAGAAAGUUCCGUUAGCCAAAGGAGAUUUAAAGAAGGAGCAUUACCCCAAGAGUAAAGAAGAAGAAGAAAAGAUGAGGAACAAGCGGUACGCUUCUCUAGUUGGAAGCAUUAUGUACGCACAAGUGUGUACAAGGCCAGACCCAGCCUUGUGUAUUAGCAAGAUGGGGAUAUUUCAGUCAAAUCCGGGAAUGCAACAUUGGAUAGCUGGAAAGAAGAUUUUGAGGUACGUACAGAGAACAAAGGCUUAUAUGUUGAUUUACAGAUGCACAGAGAAUUUAGAGCUUGUUGGUUAUGUUGGUGCGAAUUUUGGAAAAGCAGAGGAUGAUUACAUCUCUACUUCAGGUUUUCUUUUCAAGAUGGCAGGAGCAGCUGUUGCUUGGAAGACUGCUAAACAAUCUGGUGUUUCGAGUUCAACCAUAUUUUCAAAAUACAUAGCUUUCUAUAAAGCCACUUCUCAUGCAGUAUGGCUAAGGAAUUUUAUUAAAGACAUUAAGGUGGUGGACUCAAUUUCUAGACCAAUACGAAUAUAUAAUGACAACACUGCAGCUGUUUUUCACUGCAUGAACAACAAGAUAUCAUCUAUACUUUAG